CUUCAGCUGAUCCCACUUUUAUUUUUUUUCCCAUGAAUUCUCCCCAAAUAUGUAAAAGUUACAGCAGAAAUCCUUGUCAACAUGUUAGAUGCACAACUCAAAAGAUAACAACUGUUCUGAAAUACAUAGACUACAACACAAUAUUGAACACCACAAAAUAUUUUUGGUAGAAGCAUAAGGCUGGGAAAUCAAUUCAAGAUGGCGGAGUCGGGAGUCCCUGUAAUAGAGUUUCACAUGAUGGACAAAAGUAGAUAUUUUCCAUUAGCUGCAUUGAGCGGAAUAACUAUACGAACGUUACUCUAUCCUUUCACGUUAGUUAAAACCAGGAUACAGUUACAAAAAGGGAAGACAGUAUAUAAAGGAACAUUUGAUGCAUUUAGGAAAAUAUACCUUCAUGAAGGUAUGAAAGGCUUAUAUAGGGGCUAUUGGGUCACUCAGUUACAGAUUGUUCCACAAAUGGCAUAUAUUUCAACAUAUGAGAAUGUGCGAACUUAUCUUGCUGAUAACACACCUCUAACAAAUAAUAAAAUUAGGUCAUUCAUAGCCGGUGGAUCAGCAUCAUGUGUUGGUCAGACCUUCAUAGUGCCAAUCGACAUUGUAUCGCAGUAUUUAAUGAUGCUUGGAAAAGGCAAGGGAGUUCAUAAAUCCAAGGUAUCACACCUUAUUCCAUUAAAUAUACCUCAUGGGGCUACAGAGUCUCGUUUUGGGGCAUUCUUUGCCAUUACGAGAGCAAUAUAUAUGCGUGAUGGACUAUUAGGAUUCUACAAAGGUUACUUAGCAUCUCUUGCAGUAUACGCACCUAAUAGUGCUGCAUGGUGGUUCUUCUAUGACAUCUAUUGUGGUCUUCUGGCAGAUGUGGCUCCUGAUAAUGUUCCAAGGCUAGCAUUACAGUGCAUUGCUGCACCUAUGGGAGGCGUAUCAUGUGCCUUUUUGACAAACCCACUGGAUAUUGUAAGAGCUAGAAUCCAAGUACAACGAGGCUCGUUUCUUGAGACCACAAGAACUUUGAUACAAGAGGAACAAAUAGGAGUGUUUACUAAAGGCCUCUCAGCCAGGAUUAUCCAAUCAGUGACAUUCUCAUUCUGUAUAAUUCUUGGAUAUGAGAGUAUCAAACGUCUUAGUCUAUUGGAUGAAUACAAGGACACUGUGCGAUGGUGAUCUAUAUUGUAUUAGGAGAUCGUAAGAUGUUGAUCUAUAUUUUACAAGGAAAGUGUAUGAUUUUGAUCUAUAUUUUGCAAGGACAGUGUAUAUGAUGGUGAUCUAUAUUGUACAAGUACAGUGUGUGAUGGUGAUCUAUAUUGUAGAAGGACACUAUAAUGGUGAUCUUUAUUGUAAUAUGGUGAUCUGUAUAUUGUACAAGGACAUGGUAUUAUGGCACACAUCACAAUAUGCUAUGGUGAAAUGUUGUAGAUGGAGAAUGUAUAAUGGUGAUC